AUGGCCUGGAAGGGCCUGCGAAGCAGCAACGUCGAGGUACUUGCGACCACUGCCAUCAGCCAGGGUCAACCCCAGGAUCAGGACCAACUUCGCCAUGCCAGGGUCCGUCUUGUAGCUGUCGUCAGCGGAAAUGUAGGUCCAGGUGGCGGUGGCCAGGUCCGCCGCCUCGUCGUACUUUUGCUCCUUGAGCAGCUUCUCCACGCCGCAGAUUCCACUGAUGCCGACGGAUCGGAGGAAGUUUUGCGAGACACGCUUGGAACCAUCGAACCGCUCAUACGAAGCCAGGAAAUUGUGGAGACGUGA